GAGGCUUUCAAAGGGAUGGGCGUAUCCCGUAUUCCCGUAUUCCCUUUGUUUGUAAGAGUGUCCGCGACGGGGCGUUGAAUAAAGUUUUAAAGCGGUUGAAUCCGCAGUGACUCGGGAAAGAGAACAGCGAUGGAGGAUUUAGAUUUUAUCCCAGGGGAUCUCAGCUCGGAUGAGCGUCUGGAGCUUGAAGAGAUUCGACGCAGGAAAGCAGUUCUGCUGCUGGAGAUCCAGAGACUCAAAGAUGAGCUGAGAGAGGCCAUGAUGGAAGUGGAGGGACUGGAGAGCAACACAGAGGGGAGUAAAACGUUACAGAAAAACCGUCAUGUAGCCAUGGGUCGAAAAAAGUUCAACAUGGAUCCCAAAAAGGGUAUUCAGUUCCUGGUUGAGAACGAGUUGCUCUGCCACACCGCUGAAGAAAUCGCUCAGUUCUUGUACAAAGGGGAGGGGCUGAACAAGACUGCGAUAGGGGAUUAUCUCGGUGAAAGGGACGACUUCAAUAUCCGAGUCCUCCACGCGUUUGUGGAUCUCCACGAGUUCACGGACCUCAAUCUAGUGCAAGCGCUGCGACAGUUUCUCUGGAGUUUCCGGUUGCCCGGAGAAGCGCAGAAAAUUGACAGGAUGAUGGAAGCAUUUGCUCAGAGAUACUGUCACUGCAACCCGGGUGUCUUUCAGAGUACAGACACCUGCUACGUCCUGUCGUUCGCCAUCAUCAUGCUGAACACCAGUCUCCACAACCCCAACGUGAGAGACAAGCCGGGGGUGGAGAGAUUCAUCUCCAUGAACAGAGGAAUCAACGAGGGAGGGGACCUGCCAGAGGAGCUUUGUCAGAAUCUUUACGACAGCAUCAAGAACGAGCCGUUCAAAAUCCCAGAGGAUGAUGGGAAUGACCUGACGCACACUUUCUUCAACCCGGACCGGGAGGGCUGGCUCCUCAAGCUGGGGGGUCGCGUGAAAACAUGGAAAAGACGCUGGUUCAUCUUGACAGACAAUUGUCUCUACUACUUUGAGUACACCACGGAUAAGGAACCUCGAGGGAUCAUCCCGUUGGAGAAUUUGAGUAUCCGGGAAGUGGAAGAUCCCAGGAAACCAAACUGCUUCGAGUUGUAUAUUCCUAAUAACCGAGGUCAGCUGAUCAAGGCGUGUAAGACGGAGGCGGACGGCCGGGUCGUGGAGGGCAACCACAACGUCUACCGGAUCUCCGCCCCCACCCAGGAAGAGAAAGACGAGUGGAUCAAAAACAUCAAGUCUGCAGUCAGUGUGGAUCCUUUCUACGAGAUGCUGGCUGCGAGGAAGAAACGCAUUUCACUGAAGAAGAAGGAGGAGCAGCAGCAGUGAGAGAGGAGAGGAACAAAUAGACUUUCAAACUCGUCCUUUGUUCCAUGCCCCUUUCUUUCACACCAAGUAGCAAUCCUGGGGUACCCCCCUCCCUCCCACAUACACACCCCUUUUCCACUGGACCACAGUGACCACUAAUAUAAACCUCUUUAAGCCUGGAGAUACACAAGCAAUUUUUAUUGGCAAUUCUACAACGGAAACAAAGCAGUGGACUAUUCUGGACACUCGAUUGCCAAUUGAAAAUCUGUUGAAAAUCAUUGUCUAUUUGGGUUGCCAAGAAAAAAAUCGCUUGUAUAUCUCCAGCUUCCCCUUAUUUAAUGAUUUAUCUUUCUAUCUGCCCUGAUUUCUGUAUGAACUAUGGGGGGGGUAGCCCCUUUUUAAAAUCCCUCUUCGAUUCCAAGAUUGAGAAACACUCCUUUUGAAAUAAAUACAGCCCCUCAGCCCCUCCACCUCCCGCUUUCCCCUGCUUGAGAACCAACUUCCAAAGAAAGAAAGGAAAUCAAGAGUACAAACAGAUCCUCAGAUCCCAAGCUUGACCCGCAAUCAGUUCCAGUGACAACGCACCGGAAUACAAAUACUCAGAAGUCUUAUCAUGAGGGCUGACUUUCAACAUCCAGCCAGGGGUGUCCAGUCAGUCCUGGUCCUGGAGCGCCGUUCCACUCCACUCCAAGAGGGUUAACAGGUAAAAUGAGAUCAUGAACUACUUCAGAGUCCGGAUAGAUGGAGGCUUAUUUAUUUAAUUGGUUCAGCUAAACAAAUUAAGAAGCGGGUUUUGGAACUGCAAAUGCUGCAAUAUGAUUUCCCUGAAGCAACCUGAAACAAUCCUUGAAGUUAACUUUCUAUAACAAUAUAUAAAAAGUGCAUGGUGUAACCCGUAGGGGGCGCUGUCUGCCAGUCACUGCACCUCUGAUUAACAUGAAGUUGCAUUGACCUGGCAUCGGUGUGCUGUAUGUAGAGGUAACAAUUAGGUCAUAUCCAGCACAGAGAACAAUGUGGUGACCUCGGAUCAAUGAUUAAGUCUAGAGCUGCUUGACUGUUUUUAUAUCAAGAAGAUCAUUGCUGCCGAGCUUUAAGAGAUCGUCAUUGGGGAUUCAAGAAUUCUGCUUGGCCCUCACAGACCGUGGUCAAUGCUGCCAGCCACUUACAACAUCCGGGCAAGAAUGGAUCCUGGCAUUUAAGCAAAUGGUGGGGAAAAAAACCCUUUGAGUAUCAUCUGGAUUCUUUCUGAAUGAUGGGAACCAGAGAGACGGUAAUCCCUGCAGUGUGGCGCCCAGCAUGGGGCCGCUCUUUGGAAGGAGGUGGGGGGUGAGGUAUCGCCUGGGACGCAAUGGGGAGAGGGACCACAUCAGGGUUUGGGGUCAAUUCCUGUUUUUCAAUUCCAGUUCCUUUUUAAAACCAAUACCGUUUUUGUUUUCAUGUUAUGAGAUUGAUUUUAUUUAUUUUAUUAUUAAUAUUUUGUUGUGAUGAAUUGUCUUCGUUUCUCUUAUGGGGUGAUCAGUUCAGUCUCUUUCUCUUAGGGGGCUGAGGGAGGGAGGGAGCAGUUCAGUCUGCAUGCCUUGAGCCUGUCCUGGAC